AUGGGUGAUGCUGCUGGCUGGAGUACAAUCGAAUCAGACGAGGGCCUUUUCACCUCGCUGAUCGAGACUUUGGGAGUCAAGGACACCCAAUUCGAAGAACUCAUUUCUCUUGAUCCCGAUACAAUCAGAUCCCUCGGCCCCGUCUACGGCGUAAUCUUCCUCUUCAAAUGGACACGCGAAGCAGCAGGCGCCCGCGCCGAAGCCCCCUUAGACGGCGAAUACGACCCAACAGCAACAGACAACAACCUCUUCUUCGCCGCGCAAACAAUCCAAAACGCCUGUGGAACACAAGCCAUCCUCUCCGUAAUCCUAAACCACGACAACCCACCCGCCCCGCAACCAGCGAUAAACCUCGGCCCGGAAUUAUCCAGCUUUAAAGACUUCACCACGGGCUUCCCGCCCGAACUCCGCGGCGAGGCGCUCUCCAACUCCGAAGCUAUUCGCAGCGCACACAACAGUUUCGCGCGUGCUAGCCCAUUCGCGGACGAGACUGCUCGCCCGCAGGAUGACGAGAAGGGUGCGGACGUUUACCAUUUCAUUGCUUAUACGCCUGUUAAUGGGAAGUUGUAUGAGCUUGAUGGGUUGCAGCCUCAUCCUAUUAGUCACGGGGCUUGUGAUGCUGGGUCUUUCCCUGAGAAGGUGAUUGAGGUUCUUCAGCGAAGGAUUGCGCGGUAUGAUGCUGGCGAGACGCAUUUCAAUCUUAUGGCUGUUGUACGGGAUCCGAGGGUUUCGGCUAGGGAGAUUGGGGAUGUGGAGACUCUUGAGAGGGAGGAGAAGAAGAGGGCUGCGUGGCAGUGGGAGAAUACGCUGCGGAGACAUAACUUUGUUGGGUUCAUUGGGGAGAUGAUGAAGGGGGUUGUUGGGAUGAAGGAUAAGCAGGAUUCUGAGGGGAAGGUUUAUGGGGAGUGGGUUGAGAACGCGAAGAAGGAGACGAGGAAGAAGCUUGAGAUGCAGCGGUAG